UCAGCUUUCGAGCUGUACCAUAGCAUGCAUAACAUGCAUAGCAUGCGCCAUGUGUCACUGAGAAACGCAUUCCCGAUUUUUCGGGUGCUGCUCCUCUCGCUAUUGGCACCAGCCAGUGGCCUGCGAACUGUUGCAGAUGAAGCUCCUGGUGAGCGUCCUGAAGGAUCAAUGGUGGCCUGGUAUCAUCAGAUUCCCCAUCGACGCCUGAUGCUAGUGGUCUAUCCUGCCAUGGCCGUUGCAGCAGUUCUGCUUCUGGUGCUCGUCGUCAUUGCACUGCGGAGCUCACGUGAAGAGACCUUGCCGAACAAGACGCGACGACAGUCUCUGAAGGUGAACCGAUUGAUGGUGCGGCUGGGCGCAUCAGGAGCGGUUGAAGUGCUCCACCCUGAGACCACGUUGGUUGAAGACUUCCGGCAAGCCUUCACAUGGACUCGACUGGGUGUCUUUUGGGUCGCGAUUCUGCUGUCCUUUGCCUUGGCCGUCUUUGGAGACAGUAAACUGUUUAUGAUGAAGCAUUCAGUGGGGAACAUUGCGUCCAUGGAAGCCUGUGAAGCAGCUUGUCAUGCAGACCCUACAGCGCAGUGUGGCCUCAACGACAUCAAAUUUGAAAAGGUGGAAAAGAAGUCCUGCGAGCUUUCUGGGACCUGCAAAGAAGAUGUGCCGUCACCCACAGUUGAAUUUGUCAAGUGCACUUUCAAUGUGGCCCCAGAGGCGUGGAAAGUGGACUUGGUUCUCGUCUCAGCCAUCGUGGGGAUUUACCUCAUCGUGGAAGGACUCCCCGCAGAACUCAUUUUGUUUGGCCUGAACUGCAUCUAUGGCAUUCUGGGCAUCAUUUCCGUGAAGCAGGUUUGGGGCGGCUUGGCCAGCGGAAGCGUUGUGGGCCUGGCCUUGCUCUUUCCCAUCGCAGCGGCCAUUGAGGAGACAGGUGUAUUGGAUGUUGCAAUUGGAGUUAUGCUGGGGAAUCCUCAGUCGUUUAUUGUGGCGUUCUUCCGCAUGUUGAUCCCUGUGGCCCUUUUGUCGGCCUUCCUUAGCAACACCGCCAUCGUGACCAUGAUGAUUCCCGUGAUCGUGUCGUGGUCGCGCACGCUGGGGGAGCAUCCUGGAAAGCUGUUGAUGCCCUUGUCCUUUGCCGCCCAACUUGGAGGAUCUUGUACACUGAUUGGUUCUUCCCAUUGUUUGGUGGCGCGUGAGAGUGUGGACAAGACACUGUACGAGAUGAGUUUCUUUGACCUUUCUUACAGUGGCACCAUCCUUUGUUUAAGCACUUUUGUGCUGAUGGCGUUGUCUCUGCCCUUCCUAGCAUCAUCAGCGGCUGCUGCGGAAACUGUGCUGGAAGACGACGUCAACCAGGAAAAUCUCUAUUUGGUGAAAUUCACUCUGCGCCGGGGCAGCAGCUAUGUAGGCCUCACUUUUGAACUGGCCUCCAUCCAGCUGAAGCGAUUGCCCGGGGUUCGGGAGCUGGUGCGAAAUCCGGCAGCUGGAGAUGUUCUGAAGGAAGAUGAAGAGCUGAAGUUUCUGGUGGAUGAAACUGGUGUGACAUCCCUUCGACAAAUCAAAGGCCUGUGCAUUUCCAGUGAGGAUGCUCUGUGGGCCCUUGGCAUGGAGCGUGAGCGUCGUCAUUUGUAUGAAGUCAGCCUGUCGCCGUCCAGUGAACUUCUCGAGGAGCCUUUGGACUUUGAUGUCAUGCGGCAAGUCUUUGGGGCGUGCCCAAUUGCCAUUCGGGGCAAGGAGUCCGACAUCCCGGUGGCUGGAGACAUCGUCCUCCUGGAAGCGGAUGAACGCUACGUGGGCACCGCCAUGUGGCAAGAGGAGUUCUCCAUUACUCGUAUUGUUCCUAAUUCCAGCCCGCAGCGCGUGGGUGGAGUGCAUGAUAAACUGAGAUGUGUGCUGGUUUGCCUUGGUAUGGCCACCUUGAUCGCGCUGGUAACACUGGAAGUUGUCGAUCUGUCUGCUGGGGCUGGGAUUUUUGUACUGUUGUUGGUGCUGAGCAAUGCCUACAGCAUGUCAAGUGUUUAUAGGAACAUCAAGGGCCCAGUUCUUUUGACCAUCGCAGGUGCCAGCGGUUUGUCUGCCGCCUUGCAGGGGACUGGCAUUGCUAUGUUUGCGGCCAAAGAGCUGACGAAGUGUGCCAUGCCCUAUGGCCCCAUCGGGAUUCGGGCGGCGGUGUAUUUUCUCUGCGCCUUCCUGACAAUGUUCAUGAACAACUCUGCCACAGUUGCCAUCAUCGGCCCCAUGUUAGCCACCAUUGCUCGUAGCACCUGUGCACCCACGGAUAUCACCUGUCAGCAGAAGAGCAUCAAAGCCCUGGCGCAUGUCAUGACCUUUGCGGCUGGAACCUGUUUGACGUCGCCCUUGGGAUAUCAGACCAACUUGAUGGUGAUGAAAGAUGGUGGCUACACAUUUGCUGACUUUGCCAAGUAUGGUGGGCUCGUUCAGGUCUUCCAUUUGAUUUGUUGCGUCCUGGUGGUAUCAUUGCUGGUGGAUAUGUUCGACCUUUGAAAUCCCUCGACCACCCUCGACCUGAGCAAAGAGAUGGCAGAUUUUCUGGAAAGAGUCGGAUCUGAUUGCCCACCCCAAUCUCAACCCGUUUUGGUACAAGGAUUACAAGUAUCAAGUAGGGGAUACUGUCAGACUAAC